CAUCACACACGCGUACGUUUAUUUUACCAACGGUUUGCAAAGAAUUGUGCCUUUGUCAUCUAUUCGGAAUUUUUUCCCCCAAGUGAAAAUGAUUUCAAUAGAAACAGAAAACAAAAGGUGUGGUUGAAAGCUGAGAGAGGAAAAGAAGAUCUCUUACUGAAUGCCUACAUUUUACUAUUGGGUAAAAGCCACAAGGAAACUCAAUUUUCAACAGCAAGAAGCGAAACAGCAACAAAAUCGAAGCAUUUUGGACAAAUAUUCAAACUUUAUGAACAGUCAUGAAGUAAUGACAGAUUCUGAAAAUUUAGAAAAUAUUGAUAAUCAUGAACGCAGAUUGGAUUUAGAUAACGCGUUUCUGAUUGAUCCACAGCACUAUUUUGAAACAGAAAAUUGUUCAUAUGAAAGUUCUCCACAAAGGGAAAAAGUCGCCAGACAUAAAGAUAAUUCUGAAAGCAUGGACGUCUAUUCAGGGAGAAUAUCUGAGACCAGGAGCCUCACCCAAGAAACUCUAGGAGUUUCAACAGCUCGAUCACGAUCUCUACCUUUAGAAUCUGAACGAACAAGGCCUACAAAAGGGUUAUCAGCAGAAAGAAAUUAUACAUCUUGGUCCAAACACGACAAUGCAGGUUGAUAUAUGGGGGACAAUUACGUUACACUCAGACUCAAAAUUUAUUCGAGAAGUACUCAAAAGCUAUCGGGAACGGAAGAACUACAAAAAAGAUGUUAGGAUGAAGAGAAGGCAAACAAAGAAAAAGAAAAUAUCCCAGAAAAAGAAUACAGAAGACCAUUAACCCCCGAAAAGAUCGAAAUAUUGAAAGAUUGUCUUUACGGGAAAAUAACGGAAUCUGGGGUAACGGGGAAAAAGAGGGCCUUAAGAAUGAAAAAGUUGAGGUCUUACAUCAGGGCAAAACUUUAUGACGUUCGUAGGCACCUAGAAAAAAAUCGAAUUCCUUAGUUUUGUACUUUGCCGUAAGAAUGAAAAGUUUGCGGUUCAUUGUCUGUUUUUUAUA